GAAGCGAGCUGAAAACGAUAGUUUAAAAGUCCCACCUGCACCGCGGUUCUGAUUAAGUGGUGAGGCUUUACCGCCUUGGGUGUCUGCUUGACAACAUUUGAAAGUGCUAUAAUAGGUAGUGGCUGCCUUUGGAGGCGUGCGGCAUGGUGGGCUACCGCUCGGUGCCGCAGUGCCGGACGCACGCAACGGAGCCCGGUGUCAGCCUUAUUCACACGUAGCCACAGGGCAAGGAGCUGCGUGAAGCUUGGCUGGCGAAACUUAGAACCGGCAGACAACCAUAGGCUACGACUCGGGUAUGCAGCAAGCACAGACGCGAGGAACAUUUCUGCUACGGCGCCGGGACUGCGCGAUGUUCGAACUACUGGUGAACCAUGGAUGACGAGGAGGCCGGUGAUGGCGGGCAUGACAAGAAAGAGGACGAGGAGGAAGAGGAGGAGGACGCCGGAGCUGACGACGGUGCGCCUGGCAAGGGGAAGAGGCCACCCGACUCCAUCAUGGUGCAGCGGAAGUCCGCCAGAGGGGGGGCCAGCAACGCGGGGGGCGCGAACAAGUCGGACAGCGACGCCAAGUCUGCCGUCUCAAUGAUCAUGACCAUUGGUGGCCUGGUCCUCUUCGCCGUCGUCGUUCUGGGCGUCGUCGGUUUCAUCAUCUUCAAGAUUACACAGUCCGAGGACAGCGAGCCGACGGAGGGCACCACCGCUGGCGCUGGGUCAACUACCGAAGCAUUGGGAGGCAAUGGGAGUUUAGACGAAGGCGGUGUCUCCGUGGUGUCCUUCUUCAACAAGAUCGCCGCCCAGAAAGUUCGCAGGGUUGCCCACAGCGGAGCCCAGCAGUUCCUCGUCUUCGCGGAGGCUCCGGAGAUCCUGAACGAAGUGCCGGCCUCCAUGAAUAACUACACCGGAGGCAGCAAUAGCCGCCUGGAUGUACUGGACAACCUGUGAAGAGGUGCACCAUGCAUGUUCCUUUGUCCCGCUGUUCUCCAGGAAUGAAAGCGCACCUGGAAGAAGUCCCCGACAUCUGGAAGAGGCUACCCAACAAUUGCGUCAGGCCACGAAUGACGCUAUUCCGUCAUAUAGAUACGAAUACUUUUGCACAGUGAACAUUAUGCUAGAAGGUUAAUGUGCGAAGUUGCGAUAAACUCUUGUCGGCUUUUUUGCGAGAAAAUAAAACUUUAAGUGUGUGAGUUCUUUA